UAAGUACUGCAUUUUGAGGAACAAUUUGGUGCACUGUUAAUAACUUUCAGGGAAUGUUAAAGUUUUGGGUGCCCACAACUAUCCGUAUGUAAUUUGUAACCUUAAAAUGAUUUGUUUACUUUUUCGCCAUACGCGUAAUUCCCGUCAAUUACUUUUUAAGCAAGUUUUAAAAUCACCGGCUUACACAGUCAAAAAUGCGCUGCACACUACAAGAUUUCUGAGACAUGGGGAGUAUGAGUGGCAAGAUCCUAAAUCACCGGAUGAAAUCGUUAACAUAACGUACGUUGACAAGGAGGGCAAGCGCACCAAGGUGCAAGGAAAGGUGGGCGACAAUGUGCUGUAUCUGGCGCACCGGCAUGGCGUCGAAAUGGAGGGUGCCUGUGAGGCAUCUCUAGCUUGCACCACGUGCCAUGUGUAUGUGCAGAACAACUAUCUCGACAAGCUGAACGAGGCUGACGAAAAGGAGGAUGAUCUGCUAGAUAUGGCGCCAUUUCUGCGAGAAAAUUCCCGCCUUGGCUGUCAAAUAGUGCUUGAAAAAAGUAUGGAAGGCAUGGAGCUUGUUCUGCCCAAGGCAACACGUAAUUUCUAUGUGGACGGGCACAAGCCAAAGCCUCAUUAACACAUCGUUAUUAAUUACUGUUACUCCCAGUUAAAUAAAGAUUAUUUUUUAAGUGUU